CCCCGCCCCGCCGUCGCACCGGAAACGCUCCGCCCCGCGACCCGGAAGUGCGCGCGCCAGCAAGAUGGCGGCCGCGGCGGGCCCGCUGCGGGGCCUGCGCCGCCUGUGGCGCGCCGUGCUCGUGCUCUCGCAGCUCUACAUCCUGUCGGGUGGCGAGCACUCGCAGCCGCUGGCGCAGUCGCUGAAGGACCCGGGCCCGACGCGCGCCUUCACGGGCGCCCCCCAGGCGCCAGAGAGCACGGAGCCGCCCCUGCCCUACGUGACCAAGUGUCCCAGCAACGGGCUGUGCAGCCGGCUGCCGCCCGACUGCAUGCAGUGCCGCACCAACUUCUCCUGCGUCUACGGGCAGCCCGUGGCCUUCGACUGCGCGGUGAGGCCCGCCGUCACCUGCGUGGACCAAGACUUGAGACCCCAGAAGCACUUCGUCAUCAACAUGACCUGCCGGUUCUGCUGGCAGCUGCCCGAGGCCGAUUACGAGUGCUCCGAUUCCACAAGCUGCAUGACAGUGGCCUGUCCACGGCAGCGCUACGUGGCCAACUGCACCGUGCGGGACCACGUGCACUGCCUGGGUAACCGCACUUUCCCCAAAAUGCUGUACUGCAACUGGACAGGCGGGUAUAAGUGGACCACCGCCCUGGCACUGAGCAUCACGCUGGGCGGCUUCGGUGCAGACCGUUUCUAUCUGGGCCAGUGGCGAGAGGGCUUGGGCAAGCUCUUCAGCUUCGGCGGCCUGGGCGUGUGGACACUGCUGGACGUGCUGCUCAUCGGGGUGGGCUACGUGGGCCCCGCCGACGGCUCGCUGUACAUCUAGGCCCCCCGGGCAGCAGUGGCUCGGUGGAGGCCCCGGGAGUGUCUCCGCAUGUUUUACUGUACAGCAUCUGUACUUCGCCUGCCUUGAUGAAGGUCGGAUAGAUGAUGAGUGACGCUGAUCUGGAAUGUGUUUGUAUUUGCCUGGACUCCAUUUUUUUUUCUGCGAAAAAAAAAAAAGAACAAACCAAAAA